UUUAUAGAGGGGUGGCUGAUGGCGCUGAGGCAGACAGUGAAGGAGGUGGGGGGGGGGCUACCACAGCAGCAGGAGCAGGGAAGGAAGGAAGCGAGCGAGUGGAGGAUGCUUAUCUUCAAGCAUGUGACGACUGAAGCCUGAAGGUUGAGAGGCUGCGGCAGCAGGACCUGCUAGCAUCCAGCUUCAAUGAAGGAUGAAGAGCCCGGUGCACAGAUGCAGGGACGUGGAGCACGGACGCGGGCAGGCCGGGUCUGGGGCCGGGGCCGGGUCUGGGGGAGGGUCCAACUGCCUACAACCUGAACAGCGCAUCCCUGUCUCCAAAGACGUCAUCACUUCCUCUUCUUCCUCAGCCUUGUGGUUCAUCAGGGACACCUGCGGCAUCGUGUGCGCCAUCAUAACGUGGCUGCUGGUGUUUUACGCUGAGUUUGUGGUGCUGUUUGUCAUGCUGGUGCCCUCCAAGAAUCUCACUUACAGUAUUGUGAACGGGACCUUGUUCAAUACUUUGGCCUUUCUAGCCCUCGCCUCACACCUCAGGGCCAUGUGCACUGACCCUGGGGCCGUGCCAAAAGGGAACGCCACUAAGGAAUACAUAGAAAGCCUUCAGCUGAAACCAGGGCAGGUGGUCUACAAAUGUCCAAAGUGCUGCAGCAUCAAGCCUGACCGAGCGCACCACUGCAGUGUAUGCAAACGAUGCAUACGGAAGAUGGACCACCACUGUCCCUGGGUCAACAACUGUGUUGGGGAAAACAACCAAAAGUACUUUGUUCUUUUCACAAUGUACAUUGCACUCAUCUCUCUGCACUGUCUGGUCAUGGUGGUCUUCCAUUUCCUCUACUGCUUUGAAGAUGAUUGGACAAAGUGCAGCUCCUUCUCUCCUCCAGCAACAGUCAUCCUCCUCAUCCUCCUGUGCUUUGAAGGCCUCCUCUUCCUCAUCUUCACCUCUGUGAUGUUUGGCACCCAGGUCCACUCCAUCUGUACCGAUGAGACAGGCAUAGAGCAGUUGAAAAAGGAAGAGCGAAGAUGGGCUAAAAAAACUAAGUGGAUGAACAUGAGGGCGGUUUUUGGACACCAUUUCUCUUUAUUGUGGUUAAGCCCCUUCUCCACCCCUGACCACGGCAAGGCUGAAACCUACCAGUAUGUGGUGUGAGGGAGCUCAGGACAGGGAAUGAGAAGGCCUGGAAAAGCUAGCCUGUUUGCUCCCACUCAGCCUGACUUACAGUGUACGUCCCACACAAGCCAUGGACAGCUUGUCAUGUGCUCUUUGUGCUGCCAACUAAGUGAGCAAUGUCUAAUUUAUUUAUUUUUUUGUUUUGUUUGCCUUUACAAGUCGAGUUGCAGAGAAAAAGAAACACUGUCUGUCUUUUUGCGAACACUGUGAUAAAUCAGUUUGUUUUUCUGGUCUUUUCUCUUAUCAGAAACUGUCUGUUCUUGCUUGGUGCAUAAUCUUCCUGCGUUUUGUUCAAGGAUACGUUCAGCCAAAUUACAAAAGAAAACAGGACAAAAUGGAAAAUGACAUCACUUCAUCCUGCAGGUAUAUGGCUGUUCUUGUAGGUUAGGUGACUAAAACGGUGAAAAAUCUAAAUGAAAUCGAGUGAUUAGGUUAUGAGAGUAGCCAUAAGAGUUUAUCCUGCAGGUUUUUAUCAGGGACAUGUGAAGGAAUGCACCUACCUCAUCUGCUGAAAAAUAUGUUUAGCCACUGGUUCAGUCCAGAUACACUUACUGAGAUAUAUCCACUAUACAUGAUGCCUUUCGAAAGAUUUCAUGCCCCUUGAUUUCUUCCCAUUUUGCAGUGAACAUUGAACAAUGUGCAAAACUGUAAGAAACGUAUCCCAAAAGACUUGCAGCUGGAACUGCAGUUAAAAGUGGUUCUACAACGUUUUGGGUCAUGUGAGUUGAAUAAAUCAUUUUCUGCACCACUAUAGACAAGAGAUGCAGCGAUAAAUUGGUGCUGAUUUCCUUCAUGUUGGGUGAUGAAUGAUCGAAGGUCUGAAAAUCAGCCGCUGUCCUGUUUUGUGCAGCAGGUCACCUCUGCACAUGAGUGAUUAACAAUAGUCACCUCACUUUUGCCAACUUGGUUUGUUUUCCCAUCUGAUAGUCUGCUAGGGUCAGUUAGACUGGGGCCCAAAACUGCAACAUUUGUUAUUUUCAGCUGAAGCAGUUUUCUUUCACACUACAGUGUGUCAAACGAACCAAACCCUUUGAAAGACAUGUUCCCCUCCUUGCCUGUAGAGGCGCUGUACCAAGAACCACUGAGGGAAAUUACAUAAAAACCACUGAAGAUAUUGAGAGGAGCUUCUUUCUUCAUAAAGCCGAAAUCAGAUUUUAGUUGUUGUAGGAUUUUUCUUUUGGCGUUGGUAAAAGACCAAGCCAUUCAGAUUCAGAUUUAUUCCUAUCCCCAGUGGGCAAUUGAUGAGCCAUUACUCCAACUAGCAUUAGACUCACUCCUCUAUUUUGGUUGUAUUUACCCAGAAUUCUCUGCGUUAUAGUCCGCUUCCUGCUUUUGAAGCGGGCUUGGUGUUGAGCCGCAUCAGUUCACUUCAGCUCAACAACUCUAGGUUUGUAGGCGGACCAGAGUUUGUUUUUUAUAGUUUGCAUCCAUUUUUCUGAUUGGUCAUUCACACCUCUCCAAACGAACCAGACCCUCUAAACAGACAAACUGAGAUUAAUGAGGACUGAACAGGGCUGAUAUGAAGGCAUACUUAACCAUUUUUGUCACUUUAUUUAUAUAUGGUAUAUCUAUAUAUUUUUGGACUUUCUAGACCAAAAAAUUUGUAUUGGUCAAAAUCUGAAUCGACAGGUCAGACUUUUAAAUGAUUUGUGAUCUGUCAGAAAACUACAAUCGGUGCACUCCUAGUAUCCUAGUAUGCACUAUUUUGUGCCAGUCUCCCUCCUACAAUCCUAUAUAAGAACAUUGUGACUUAACUGUGAUGAAAGGUGAACAAGUUCAAGAUGUAAGGCACUUUAAGGAUUUAUGUCUAGAAAUAGAAGCUGCUGUACAGCCUCUAAUCAUCUAAAAUCAUUUUUUUCUGCUACACUCCCACGAUGAGCUAAAAUGGGAAAUUAGUGGUAAAUAUAUUCUGUAAUUUAGCUGAACGAUCUUUUUUAUUUUUUUCUUUGGACUGGCAAAAUUCCGUUUUCUUAUUGAAGUGAUUCCUUUGUGAAACCAGAUCCAUGAGCUUUUAAUUGCCGCCAAAAGCUGCACAUCAGCAGCUCCUUUAUUGCUGUUUCCAAUUGGGUUAAACAAUUUUUAUUUAUUUAUUUUUUUUAAUAUUAUUUUGUAUGAAGGGCAGAUUCUAAGAAUCAGAGAAAUGAAAACUGUUUAGUUCUCCCUGUACCGUACUAUCCUGACCUUUCCUUCUCUGACCAGCCUCCAUCUUGGCCGCUUCGCUUCGCUUUGCCUUCAGUCUCUUCACAAAGUCCUCAGGUGUCUCUGCGUCACAACUUUUGUUUGUUUUUUUUUUGUAUUUUGGAAGUGCAACAAAUGGUGGAAACAUACUGAAGCUAAGUUCAGUGCUGAGGCAUCACACUUUCAAAAAAAGCCAAUAAAUUAUGACAACUGUUAAAAAUGUAUCAGGGAAGGGAAACCCAGUGGGAGAAAGAUUCGGAUGUUGCCACUUGUUGCAGCUCAAUGCUAAAGCUUCUGUCCAGGAGUGUCUGUGGCAGACCUGUAUGAGAACUCAGACCUGAAGGGGUCUUCCUGUUCGGACACUCUGCCAAUAAUAAUCAGAUGUAUUAUUUAUGUUUUUAUGCCGCCUUUUUUUUUUUUUUUUUUUUCUUUUUUUUUUUACUAUUUAUGGUUUGAAUUAGAGGUAGGCGAUAGACUUAAAAUCUUAUCACAAUAUUUUGUGGUGCUAUUGUGAUAACGAUACAAGUGCUAAACUAUUAUUACUUUGCAUGACAGCAAUCACAGCCCCACUAACACAAGUACUGCUUUAGAAAAAGGCCUGUUCGUGACGGCAGUUUCUUAAAGGAGUGUGGAGUCUAUCAGCAGACUGUAACACUGUAACUGCAUUUGACCAUAUUUUAAUAUUUAUCGAUGGUCUCAUGGAACAAACAGUGGAAAAAUGGUAACACUUUUUCUUUCUUUUUUAGUUUUCAAGAGUCAUCAUUGUGAUUGUCACCAUAAAUCAAGAAUCUUAAAAGAAAAGUUUCUCGAAAUAUAAAAGAUGUGAUAAAUGCCCAGCCCCUAACUUAAGCUCUUUGAAUUUUAUAAAAUUGUGAUACAAACUCAAGUGCAUACUCAAUGUCUUACGGUUCUAAAAUAUUUCAAAGGUACUGCUGUAAACAUUUAUUUUUCUCAUGUUGUGAAACAGGCAUGGGCCGGUCUGGUUCCUGUAGUUUAAAGUCUUUGUAAUGAGACGGAGGAGAACGUGCUGGAGUGACUGGAAUAUGGCUGUAUGUGUGAGUUACUGUGUGUUUCAACGAGCCGAAGAACUCUUACUGCACCACAGCUGGCUGAAAUAAUGUAAUGUAAUCCUCUAAUGGAAUUACGUUUCCAUUAGAGGAUAUGGAAACGUGAUCAGUGGAUGCCUUUCCAUCUGUUACUAAAACAUGAGGUGAAAUCUGAACUUGAAAAGUCGACUUCUGAAAAUUCUAUUUGCUCCCCUUACAUAAAAAAAAUACCAACAGAGCAAAUUUCGCAUCCACCAUCAGUAUUGUAUGGAAGCACAUUUCCACCACUUUGUAUGGUAUUUGAUCAACUUGAGGGAUACAGAGUCUGUUAUGAGAAACCGGAGCCUCUGUAGUAACGAGACCAUUCAUGAAAACGUUUGUUGCUGUUCUGUUUUAUUCUACUACACAUCUGUGUAGUAAUGUCAAAAGAACAAUAGAUAUCAUUAAUUUGAUAUAGUUUGAGUUGGUUUUUUUGUUUUUUUGCUUUAAAUUAUUAUGUAAAUACUGUGGUGGCACAACCAUGACAACCCAGUAGCUAGAUCUGAUUACAUUGUUUAUUCAUUUCCAAAUGAAAUCAACAACCAGUAAGCCCAAAAACAUAUUCUUUUUUUUUUUUAAAUAAUACCCUCUAGGUAUUUAAAGUUUAAAUAACUAUAUUAUUUAAUUGGGGAAGGGGGUGUAUUGUGGCAGACCACAAUACAAUGAAACUGCUGCAUUUUUGCUCAUGGUUGUGGCCCAUACAGGCCCAUGCCUCUUCUGGAUUGUUUAACUCUGAAAUUUCAAGUACAGAAAACUUGCGUUUGAUUUUUCUUGAUGCCAGCAUUUCUUUCCUCCUGAGCUUUGGUAUGGAGAACCGGCUCACCGGUGUCUUAUUGUGUAUUUGACAUAACUGUAAUAUUUCCAUGCUGCACCAGUGUGGAAUAUUUUUUCCCUUAACACACACACAACCUGUGUCUGUCUGUAAAUGUGCAUUUUAUCCUCAGCCAAAGAGUGUGUGUCUCCCAACACCAGCUGGAUUUGGUCAUGUUUCAGUUACCACUGCUGUAAACCCUGACUUGUGCUUCAGCAGUGAGAUGUUUGUUGAAACACUGGCUGUGUGAAAACAGAGUAGAUUCUGUUAGUUCUAUUGAAGAAGGAAUGAUCCUCUCACCUGCAUUCCCUGUAUGUUCAUGAGCGUUUGCCACUUGGUUGCUGUAAAAGCGUGCCAAAAUCAGCACAAAGCCCCACAACCUUCUGCUGAUUGGGUGGACUGUGAAAACCCUCUGAAGGAGCGCUGGCUCGUCUUUAAAAGCUUCUGCUGCUGGAAGAGGAGCGGAAUCCGGCAUGGAUGGGAGUUGGGCCGGAACACCCGGCAUGGCGUCCUGCACCGUUCUGGACUGCGUUAAGGCAUUUAGGAAAGUCUAAACCUUCACCAUUCGUACUUACACGUGCUUAAAAAUGACAAAGCUGCACUUAGUAUUGUUUCCAUAUUCUCUCUGAAGCUGCAUUUCCAUUGCAAAUGUGCUCAAAACUGUCCAUAUUCUGCUAAUGUCGAGGGGGGAGCAGAAUCGCAAAUGCGGUCUUUCCAUUAAAUAAAAAAUUGAAUUAAAAUCACACGGGGAUAAACUUGUUCACAUGACAAGUCAUUAAAAAUCAUAGCAGUGACUGAUGUAAACAGUUACAUGAGAUACAUUCAUAAUUCAGCCAUGAUGGCGCUAGAACUAAUCUAUAAGCCAUCAGAGAAGACGUCGCGUUGGAGCGAUGAGCAGUUAAUGCCUGGGAACGGCUCUCUAUGCGGCAUUUUGGGGAAAUUUUACAGAAGAUCUACAGAUUCAGAAUGUUGGAAUGACACAACUUCUUAUGAACUGGGAGAUGCUGUGAGAGCUCUGGUGGAGCCAGCUGCAUAUUGUCUUAAAAAAACAAAAGAAACCAUCAUCCUCCUACCACUUCCUGUUGUCUUCUUCGUCAUUUUCGCUAGUAGUAACAUCCGGCUGCUGAUCACAUGACUCGAGUGAUGAGGUAAAAAGUGUUUCCAUUACAGUUUUGUAAAAUACAUUUAUUUUGAUAAGGUUGAAAAACCACCUCAUCCUAGCGGUACAAUUCUUUAGUGUAAAAUGUGUUUUUUUUGUUUGUUUGUUUUAAAUGAUUUAUUUUUAUUCAGUAAAUUUAUUUUUGUAAUGUCAAUUUGCGCAAUUUUCUGGAAACGCAGCUAGUGUUUUCCAGGUUUGGUUCCUCUGAAGCGUUUAUGCAUGGCAGUUAGUUUGGUCAUGUCUGUGAAAACAGCUGGUGAAAUGAUUCGGAUGGCAAGAUUGAUUUUUUUUUUGUUUUGUUUUGUUGUUUGUUUUUUUUUACAAAUUUUUAAAAUGGUUUUUAAAUAUCGCACACAUAUUUCAGCACUUGAUGCAGAGAAUAAAUCCUUCUCCGUUGCAAAGCA